AAACAGAGGGGCAUUUUGGUAAACUCGUUACAGGACCGACUGGGAGACAAAAACCUCCACGGAAGAAGUGAGAGAACAAAAUCCAACCCAAACUUCUACACUCUAGAGAGGGGGGCAGAGAGACGGAGACAGAGAGAGGAACCCUAAUUCUCUCUCUCUACAUCUGCUGCUUCUUCUGAAUCAGAGUUUUUGUUCACGACGCCUAAAAGAUGCAUAAAUUAGGUAGAGGCCACCGUGACAAACUCCAACAAUUUAUGACAAUCACUGGUGCAAGUGAAAAAGUUGCCCACCAGACUUUAAAGGCCAGUGAUUGGAAUCUUGAAGGAGCAUUCGAUGUAUUCUACAGCCAGCCCCAGGUUAAAAACUUUACCGACUCUAGACAUUUGGAGGAGCUCUUCAAUAGAUAUAAAGAUCCAUACAGUGAUAUGAUACUGGUUGAUGGUAUUACUCUCCUUUGCAAUGAUCUUCAGGUGGAUCCGCAAGAUAUUGUUACGUUGGUGGUUUCAUGGCACAUGAAGGCUGCCACCAUGUGUGAGUUUUCCAAGCAGGAGUUUCUUGGUGGACUUCAAGCACUAGGGAUAGAUUCUUUGGAGAAGUUCCGUGAAAGAAUACCUUUUCUGCGAUCUGAGCUGAAAGAUGAACAAAAGUUCUUUGAGAUCUAUAAUUUUGCAUUUGGCUGGGCAAAAGAAAAGGGUCAGAAAUCUUUAGCAUUGGAUACGGCAAUUGGAAUGUGGCAAUUACUGUUUGCUGAAAAGCAGUGGCCGUUGGUUGAUCACUGGUGCCAAUUCUUACAGGCCCGGCAUAAUAAAGCAAUUUCUAGGGACACAUGGUCUCAACUUUUGGAGUUUGCAAGGACAGUGGGCCCAACAUUGUCAGACUAUGAUGCCGAAGUGCUGCUAAAAGUAGUUUAAUGGAAUGGUCGACACAGUUCAGAAUAGAUUUGGGCAUUAAUCUCCUCUUGUGAUGUGAUUAAUGGAAUGGUCGACACAGUUCAGAAUAGAUUUGGGCAUUAAUCUCCUCUUGUGAUGUGAUUGCAUAGAAAUCCUUGCGGCUUCUAGAGCAUAUUUUAUCCGAGUUAUGCUGUGUAUCGCAUAUUCAUUCUACCUACCAUGUUGGAAUAACAUCUCUCAUUAACCUUUAGAUUCGUUUUUAUCUUUUGAGAUGAUAAAUUUGAGAGUUAACAGAUGAUGUCACGUCAACGUAAGUAGAGGAGGGUUGAGAUUAUAGUAUAUAAAAUAUAUUGCUAUGAUCGCUGUUGUGCUCUUAGUUUCAGAACAUUGAGUGACAAAUGUAGGGUCAGCAAAAUGGAAAUGGUUGUGGUGCAGUUGCGUUACAUUGAGCACUCUUGAAUCUUCCAAGGACUGAUGUUAUAAGUAGAAUUCUUCUAUUUGGAAAUCAAAACAAUGCUAAUUUAGCGAA